AGGCGAGCCCUGUCAUCCCUCCCCCUCCCUCUCCCCCCAUUGUGUCUCGAUCACCUCCCACGUGUCAUCAACAAGAACAUCACCAACCCAUUUUUAGAACUUCACGAAUCAGAUAAACAUUCACGCAAGAUGUCUAACGCCGAACAAACAUUUAUCAUGGUCAAGGUGGACGGUGUCCAACGUUCACUCGUUGGAGAAAUCCUAGGACGAUUUGAGCGUCGAGGAUACAAAAUCGCAGCCUUGAAGAUGAUCCAUGCCUCCAAGGAGCACGUCGAGAAGCACUACGCCGACCUCAAGGACAAGCCCUUCUUUGGCGGCCUCACUUCCUUCAUGUGCAGUGGUCCCGUCGUGGCCAUCGUCUUCGAGGGCAAGGAUGUUGUCAAACAGGGCCGGGCCAUGCUUGGCGCCACCAACCCACUCUCUUCAGCUGCUGGUACCAUUCGAGGCGACUUCGGUAUCGACAUGGGCCGUAACAUUUGCCACGGUUCUGACUCGGUCGAAUCCGCCAAGAAGGAAAUCGCACUUUGGUUCCCCGAAGGUGUUGUUCAAUACCGACUCACCGCCGACGCCAACGUAUACGAGUAAAUACGAAGGCUUUUGGUCGCUAGGGCCGAGCUUAUAAAGUGGACUCGUAGUGUGUCAUCAAAAAUGUCCUAGGGCCUUAUUGAAAUACCAAGACAAAGUUUCGAUGUCCCUUCUUGAAUAAUUUCAGUUGCUCAGCUUUGAAGCUGUUGAGUCUAAUUCACAGCUUAUUCACGUCUCUUUGAGAAAAGGGUGGCAAGAGCACAUUGGCCUUAACGAAGCGAGUGACAAGAUCACCACUUGAAAGUUAUGGAAUCUUAGAUUCCCC